GCCCAACUCACCUCACCUCACCUCGCCGUCCGUCUGCUACACAGUCGCGAUGGGCAAGCGUUCGCAAAUGCAGUAGCGGCAACAUUGGGUGCCGAUCGGCGUGCCCAGUCCGAAGGCACUGGGUCAAUAGCACUGAGAGGCAAUCGCGAGAUGGCCGCAAGCGAGGGCGGAGGCCCACCCGCGAGUCUGGUGCCGCCAGCCGUCGCUGCAUUGAAGGACGAAGCGGCAGCAGAAGGACACGACAGAGGGCAGAUGCUUAGGACAAUCAGCAUGGACAUACGGGAAGAACGUGAGGAUCUGAAAAAGGCUGCGGAGCAGUCUCUCAAUGCCAUUCUGGAGCUGGACCUCGAGGGCCACGUCAGAUGGGUCAGUCCCUCCUGGGAGGACGUGACUGGCAUUGCACCAAGCAGUGUCGUUGGAAAGCCAAUUGCUGAGCUGUUGGCCGAGAACAACACCAUCUUUGCCAAUUGCCUUGAUGCCAUGCGAAAGGACGACUCCAAGAGCCGUGUCGUGCGGUUCUCCAUCAAGAGUCCUCCCAGUAUCCCCUAUGAGGAUGCUCACUCAGCAGACGACAAAACGCCGGUGGAACCGCAGGCUGGACUCGACAGUUUACCGGAGCCUGGCGAGGCAGCUGAUGCGCAACCGGCGGAGGAUGAAAGCGUGGAGCUUGAAGCUCAGGGCAUCAUGGUCUACGAUCGUACGACGGGUGAAGAGAGUCACACAAUGUGGAUGAUCAAGCCCGCUGUCUCACGUGAGAUCACCAUCGACCUGCCACCGGUCUUGGCCGACUCACUGGGCAUCGGGGCUGAAAUGCUAGCCAAUUACUUGACCAUACUGACAGAUGUUGGAAUGAACGACCCGGGCAACCAUCCGCCUCCUCUCCCUGUGCUUUGUCGGAUCUGUGAACGUCAAAUCACACCCUGGUGGUUCGAAAAGCACACCGAGCUAUGCUUCCAGGAACACCGAGCAGAAAUGGAAGUGCAGAUGGCACAGGAGUCUCUGAAUGAGCAGAGAUCGGCUUUGGUCAAGGUUCUUGAUGCACUGGAGGUACAGGCCCGAGUGCCAAAGCAGAAUGCCAUCGAUGCCGGAUCGCCGUCCCCGGUGCCCAAGGCCGAGUACAAGGGAUACACCAUUGGUCCGACCUCGACUCCGUCUUCUGGACCUACAUCUGGCCGAUCUACACCUGCUGCGCAUCAGCCGCGCUCUCGAGAAUCUUCAGCCAGCGGCUUUGGUCAUCAUAGAGCCAGAAGCUUUGCUGUCAGGAGGCCUCUGGCCCGCAUAGUGGAAUUGAUCCUAGAUCUUUGCGACACAGCGAUGGAGAUCAGCACACCGUCAAUAAAAGACACCAAGGGUUAUGCUCCUGGGGAGCUUCGGACACAGUCCCCGCAGUCAGAGGGCCGCAUACAACAGGUCAUGCAAUGGCAAUCGCCGAGCGCUGGAUCGCUUGAGAACGAACAUGGUCUCGCUCUUCUCUGCGACGACACUUCGCAGCUGGCGAAAUCCAAGAUUGAGGCUGUCUUCCGACAUCGUCGCAUCCUUGAGUAUUCAGAACGCAUUCGUAUCGAGUACGAUAUUCUGGUGCAAGAGUGUAUCGAGGCGGCGCUGCAAAAGGCUGUCCGCAUUGCUGCCGGCGACGAUAGCGAUUCAAGCUGCAGUGAAGACAAUGGUGGCUAUGAGCCUUCAGAGCACAACCCAGGAAUCAUGGCGGCCUCAGAAACAGCAAACGAAGGUCCGGAACAAACGCAUGGCGACGACAUGUUCAAUCUCAACACAUUCAAGUCUGCUGGCAGCUCUUCCGCUAUGGCCAUGGCUCUUAGGAACACGUCGGAAUCCAUACUCCAGCGACGUCAGUCAUCCGCAGGGUCCUCGCGAGCCAGUAGUCCACGCGCUGGAGCCACCACCCCCAAGUCGUACAGCGCGCCUUCUGAAUCAUUCUUGCUGCACAAACGCGGGUCGAUCGCAUUGGAGAGCGACACUGGCGCGGAAAGUGAUGGCAGCAUGCGCUCGUCAAUCGCCAGUGCCACCGGGAGCCAUCGUCGCGCAGACUCACCUGGGGCUGAGCUGAGUUUGAGUCGCGUUGCCAGCACAAGAUCACGGGAUCGCAAACGGCAAAGUCUGAUUCUUCCCAGCCUGACAGGUGCCGGUCGCCAUCAUUCGCCUGGUCGUGGUCCACCACCACCUUCUUCGCCCCUUCGCAUGGCUAAGCCUAGACUACCCAGUGGUACUGACAGCAACCCUUCGCCAAUAACGUCGCCAAUAUUGACUCAGAGCGAGUUCAAUUCGCCCAUAAUCCGCGCGCAACAUCAUCAUCACCAUCAUCGUCGGCAAUCUUCAGCCGCGUUGUCGGAGGCGCUUGGACGGCCUGCAUCACCACGAUUGAGUGCCGUGAUCAGCAAUCCCCAGCCACGGGCGGUUCAGACAUCAAUCAAAGACUUCGAGAUCAUCAAGCCGAUCAGCAAGGGUGCUUUUGGCAGUGUCUACCUGUCCAAGAAGAAGUCGACUGGCGAUUACUAUGCCAUCAAGACGCUCAAGAAAACCGACAUGAUUGCCAAGAAUCAAGUAACAAAUGUCAAGGCCGAACGUGCGAUCAUGAUGUGGCAAGGCGAGAGCGAUUUCGUCGCGAAGCUGUACUGGACCUUCUCUAGCAAGGAUUUUCUCUACCUUGUCAUGGAGUACCUGAAUGGAGGGGAUUGUGCCUCGCUGAUCAAAGUACUCGGAGCGCUGCCGGAGGACUGGACUCAAAAGUACAUUGCUGAGGUGGUGCUGUGUGUGCAGCAUCUACACAGCCGCCAAAUUGUCCAUCGAGACCUCAAGCCAGACAACCUUCUGAUUGAUGCUAAAGGGCAUCUGAAGCUGACCGACUUUGGUCUUUCGCGUAUGGGUCUCAUUGGGCGACAAAAGCGCGCCAUCGACGCUAAACCAGGUGAUGCGCCACCUGAUCUCCUGAAAGCAGGGCCUUUCCGGCGAGCGCCAUCUGUGACCUCCUCGCGAUCGACUUCAUUUGACUACCAAGGACACCAUUCCCCGGCGCAAACACCAGCAUUGACACCCGCAGUCAUGAGUCACGACAUGAAUCAGCCCUCAUAUUUCAGUCUGUAUCGAGAAGGAUCAAGAGAGCCCUCUCGGCGGACAUCUGGGCACCGCAGCGAUAGUGGUGACAGCGAGGCUCUCUCGGCAAUGUUUCGUAGGUUCUCAAUAGCUGAUGGGAGAACGCCGAUUGAAGAGGAAACAGCCGACGAAGAGGGUCAAGAGUCGCCAGAUCCAUACGCACUGCAGCCUGUUGCUAGUAACUCGAGCGCACCGAGGACAGAGACUCCCCCACAGCCAUCAGCUAUGCCCCCACCUGUGAUGGCACUCUUUGAUCCCGACGACAGCAACCGGCGAUUUGUGGGCACACCGGACUACCUGGCACCCGAAACGAUCAACGGUGCCGGUCAAGACGAGAUGAGUGAUUGGUGGUCACUUGGCUGCAUUCUGUUCGAGUGUCUAUAUGGACGGCCACCAUUCAAUGCUGAUACCCCCGAGGAAGUGUUCCAGAACAUCUUGAUGCGCAACAUACACUGGCCUUCAGAAGAUGAAGAUGACGUGUCUGAAGAAGCAAAGGACCUCAUCAACAAGCUCAUGUGUCUUGAUCCGCAAGAACGUCUGGGAUCUAACAAGGACGGAAAGUAUGACAGUGGUGGUGAUGAAAUCAAGGCUCAUUCCUGGUUUACCGGGAUCAAUUGGGAGACUCUUCGCGAGGACGAAGCAUCUUUCGUCCCCGCUAGCGAGAAUCCCGAGGACACAGAGUAUUUCGAUUCGCGAGGCGCCACAAUGCAGAGCUUCGCCGCCGAAUUCGAGGACCAGUCCUCGUCGCCGGUGCAAACUCCAGGAGCCGACUACCCAGACAGGCCGCACGACGCGCUUUCGCGGGUUAGGAGCCAAGUCAAUUCCGUCAAGCGGAACCUGAUGCCACUGCACAUACCGCCACAUGUGAGAGACAAUCGAUCACGACGUCUCAGUGAGCCCGUAGCUGCUGAUGACUUUGGGAACUUCCAAUUCAAGAAUCUCCCAGUGCUUGAAAAGGCGAACAAGGAUGUCAUCCAAAAACUCCGAGCAGAUGCCAUGCAUGCACAGACCAAGACUGCAAACAGUGCAGCCGCGUCUUCAUCAGCAUUGGCAUCGCCACCACCAGCGCCAUCCUUAGAGUCCAGUCCUGUGGUCCCAGGGCCGCUCAAGCGCACAUUGUCUGCCAACAAGGGCUCAACCCGCCCACAGUCUCCCUCUCUACUGAGCCAGGCCAACUCUUCGCCAAAUCGUGGAUCGCAGCCAUCUUCCCCAUUGCUUGUGUCUUUUAGUGCGGGUCAGCAUCAGGACCGACGCAAAACGUCAAGCGGCUCUUCGAACUUGUCACAACAGACUAGCAGCUCGCUACAACCGGGCACGUCUCUCGAACACGCACCAAGGUUACCUGUCACUUUCAAGGCUUCUGCGAGCGCACCAUCGCCAAUUAAAUCAGGCAAGUCAGGUUCUGUCCAUCUGCCAUCUCACCCAGACCGCGCCUCCCCGGGAAGUCGGCAAGGAAGUGUUUCAUCGCCAAGGCAAAGAUCACAGACUGUUGGUUCCCAGGAUCAAGACGGAGACCAUGUCCCUGAAAUGCUUGCCUCGCACCAUCACAAGCGAAGAAGUGGAGUAUUCGAUGUCUCACCAUCUUCUUCAGACAACGAAGAGACUCGACACCAAGCUCUACUACGCGUACAGCGUCGGCGCCAGAGCUCCCGGCGGCUAUCUCAGAUCAGCCUGGCAGACGGACCCACUUUCCGAACCCUUGAUGUUCUCGUUUGUGAGGAUCAUCCUGUGUCUCGCCUCGUAAUGGAGCGCCUUCUGGAGAAGUUGCGAUGCCGCACCAUUGCCGUGACUAACGGAUCCGAGGCAAUGAGGUAUGCCAUGAGCGAAGUGAAGUUCGACAUUAUCAUGAUGGAGUACAAACUGCCCCAUGUCAACGGUGCUGAUGUUGCGAGAAUGAUUCGGGACACCAAGAACGCCAAUUCUCACACCCCCAUAGUAGCCGUGACAGGUUAUCUCAACCAGCUUCAAGGGGCUCAUCAUUUCGAUGCGCUCAUCGAAAAACCGCCCACAAAGGAGAAGCUGGAAGAGGUGAUGGGUAGACUCUGUCAGUGGAGGACGCCACCGGAAGGCUGGAAGCCGCCCAUGCCCCAAGCCAUCCCUCCAUCGGGGUUGCGCAAAGAGUCAAUGCCGACUGAUGAUAGUCCAACUACUACAUCGUCAAUCGCCGGAGGCAGCUUCCAUGCAUCCUCGAGCGUCACAAGCAAUCGCGAGAAUUCGAUCGGCUCAACGACAUCUAUUGGUGAGGAUUCUAAUCACAGCAUUCCGUUCAUCAUCAGUCGACAGCCAACUAUGGAUUCGGAGCAGGGCCCCUCAGACCUCGAGCGCAACUUUGGCACCACUGGCGGUCUGGGCAUCACUCGCAGUCUGGAUCAAGCAAGUAAACAGGCUGGGAUCGGGCAUCCUCUGCCACACCUUGAGCAUCAGUCGUCUGCACCUGCGGCUCUGUCCGGUGAAUCGGAUCAACCAGCGCCGAGAAGACAACCUUCGAACGAAGCAAUCCAGGCAAAACGAAGAUCAUUGGAGAAGGUACGCCACGAAUCGGCCGCGGAGAGCGGCGAUGACGAACUCGAGGAGGACGAGCUUGGACGUGCCCCUGUCCGCCAGCGGUCUCCCAAACGUCACGUCAAGCGUAGUUCUAAGCUAGGUACAGAGAUGAUGCGUUCUUCGAGCAACGGGAGCGUGAUCUCGAGUGAAGAUCUCCUGUCUGCAGCCGGGCCUCGAACAGCCAGCGCAGAGCAUGCAAUUCUGGAAGAAUCGCUUGCCGAUGUCGCUGCUGCUGCUACUGGGCAUUUGACACCACCCGAAUUCUUUCCUCCCGCUCCAGGCCAUCAUACCGAAGACAUUGAUAUGGACGCUCGAACGCCAGACGAUGCUACACCGAAGCCGCAAGACACUGGAGACGCCGAUCCAGAUCCGACACCCAGAGCAGCAUCUCAAGAAGACACCUGA